AAAGCAUAGUUUGGGCAUUAAGCCCCCAAAAAAAAAUCCCUUGAUUUAGAAGUUUCUAUUUCCGUUUGAAGUAUCAUCGUCGCGAAGAAUUAACACCCAAGAAUCUGAUUAUUCCCGGAAAAUCACUGACAAUUUGACGGACUCUCUUGCGAUCUCAAAGGAAAGAUGAAGAAAGAGGACACAGUGAAACUCAUCAGCGCUGAGGGGAUGGAAUUUGUUAUCGACAAGGAAGCUGCCAUGGUUUCUCAAACCAUCCGUAACAUGCUUACUUCUCCAGGUGGUUUUGCGGAGGCGGAGCAUGGGGAAGUGACUUUUCCGGAGAUAAGUGCUGUGAUUCUUGAGAAGAUAUGCCAGUAUUUUUAUUGGUCUCUUCAAUAUGCCAGGGGCAAAGAGACUGAGUUCCACAUUGAACCUGAACUGACGCUGGAGCUGAUGAUGGCUGCUAAUUAUCUCCAUACAUAGCGAUCUACUUUCCUUUAUUAUUAGAAAGUACUCUGGCUUGGUGUUCUUGCCCGAGAGGAGUAUCUAUGUUGUGCGCGGUUUAGCUCUCUGCUGCAAUGCAUAGUGGUAUAUCUAAAACUAUCUUAUGUGAUUGUUUUGACUUGGAACAUAGACUGUUGUAGGCAAAUGACAGCAGUUAAUGCUAGACGUGUUAUUGAUUCUAUACACUGAAAUCACAAUUUUAGACUA